AUGGAAGAUACAAGAGGUGCAGAGGAGGAAUGGGAGCCUAAGCCUGGAAUGAUUUUUGAUUCGCUUGAUAAUCUUGUCCAACACUACAAAAGCUAUGGGAAUAAAAUGGGUUUCGAAGUUAUUAUACAAUCUUCAAAGAAAGGAUAUGAUGGAGAGGUGACAAAUGCGGCACUAGCUUGUUCUUGUAUUGGGAAGUCGCGCAGUAACCCCAUAAAUGCUUUUAAAAUGCAUCCAGUGACAAAAACUGAUUGUAAGACUCAAAUUGGUGCAGCUGUACGUUCUGACGGCAAAUGGAAAAUAUGUUCAGUUGUGUUUGAUCAUAACUAUGAACUCAGUAGUCCUACCAAAAGUAGAUAUUUUAGAAGCAAUCGAAUUAUACAACCAUACGUAAAAAGAAAGCUUGAAGUGAAUGAUAGGGUUGGGAUUAGGCCAAAUAAAAAUUUCAAUUCCAUGUUAGUUGAAGCAGGCAGUGCUGAGAAUUUGCCUUUCCUACAGAAAGAUUGUAGGAACUACAUUGAAAAAAUUAGGAGGUUAUGA